GUCAGUAAACCGUUCAGUGUCUUCUCCAUACCUUAGCAAUAGAGUUCGCUGGGCACUUGCUUUAUUUCAGCGCAUAGCAUCCCAUCCCCGGGCAAAGUUGAUUCUCAUUUAUGCUCAGAUACCCAAGCAUCUGAAACCCUUUCUUGACAUCCGGAACGAAGAAAUGCAUCAUGAGUCUUUAAGACGUAGCAGCCUAGUGGUUCUUGAAGCACUAGUAAAGGUUGAUGAUGCAAAAGUUAUAGGCUUUUUUCUUAAAUAUGAUAUGAUUACUUCUUUCCUAAACUGCAUGGAGUUUGGCGGUGCAUUGUCAAGAACAACAGCCACGUUUAUAGUUCACAGAAUCCUAUUAAAUAAAGACGUGCUUUCGCAUUGUGAUCAAGCGGGCCGAUUUCUUGACAUAUUGAGAAGGUUAGAGCUCAUGAUUAACAAGCUGGCUAAAGAUGGCAGUCUUGCAGAAGAUACCAGAAAGCAGCUGCUUAAACAAAUUAUUUUGUGUUAUCAUAGGUUAUCAGAAAAUCCAAGUGCAUAUGCUAAACUCAGAAACCGGCUUCCCAAGGAGUUGAGAGAUUCAUCUUUCACUGACAUCUUGCAUGUUAAUUUUAAAGGCUUUACCUUUACUGUGCGUGUGUAAGAAAUUGCUUGUUGAAUCCACAUCAGUUUGGGAUAGGUAAUGUGCCUUGUAAACUUCUUAAGCACUCCUCCCUUAGCUUUUGGGAUGAAUUAGGCGCGGUUCAAAGUUAACAUGGUAUCAGAGCCUACUACCAAUAUUGUAUCUCCUUAAAUAUUUCUCGCUCUAGUAAAGUUUUAAAUGUAAGAGAUAUAUUGAAUCCCACAUCAUUUUGGAUAAGGUAACUUGCCCCUUA